AUGGUGGGAACGGGACGGAUCGAGAGGGGCUUGCGGGGAGGGAGGGGGUGGGGCGAAAUAUCCUUUACCAAAAAGCAAAUCUGGUUCGAAGUCAUGUCUCCCUCGAAAUCGAUGAAUGAAGGCUAUGCAGGUGAUGCUAAUCUCGGCUCCAAUCAACGACCGCCACGCCUCGACGGAGAAAGCCUCUCAAGGUCAAAAAGCUGGAGGCUUGGUACUCAUGACCACAUUCAGCUUUCAACCUCUUCCUCUGACCCCCUCGGCGCCCACCGCUCUUCUACUUCUUUGACAAGCAAAACAUCCAAAAUCCGGACAAAUGGACACUAUGGAUCAGCCAACACACAUUAUAGAUCCAGAUGGUGA